GAUUUGAUAGACCGUGGGCUGCCAUGGCUGUAAUCUACGCUGACCUGCGCUUCAUGAGACCGCCGCUCCAGGACCCCACUACAACAAAUUUUCCCCAGGUGCCAUCGUAUGAUGAGUGGGAAAUGACAUAUGAGAAUCUGAAUGCUGAGAGGGAACAACGGCAGAAUCCACGGCCUUCUCAUGGACCAACCUUUAGAAAACAGAUACAGAGUUUUCUAUCCGUUCACUCCCUUUAUCUUACUGUGUUUUUACUGGGAUUUUGCCUCCUGCUGCUUGUUAUUAUAACUGGAAUCUCCACACACCUGUCGUCAGUAUCCCAGCACCGUGAUGACACCGUUUCCCACUUCAGUCAGCUGAAAGAGGUCCAUCAAGCCUUGAAUUCCACUCUAACCAAAAACAUUGCCCUGAAAGACAAAGCCACCCAGGUGAUGGAAGACAUUCUAAGAACAACCCAGGAGGAGCUGCAGCGAACCAAAAACCUGCUAAAUAAAAGCCAAGAACAAGUGAAAAUAAUGGAAGAACGGUUCAGUCUGUCAAUGGAAGGGCAACGCAAACUUCAAGUCACCUCAACCUCCUGUCAAAGUAACCUGGACUUCACAACAAAUAAAUUACAUGAAAUCGAGCAGCAGAAAGCCAGAUGUGAAGAAAAUCUCAUGGUUACAAUUAAUCAGAAACAAUUAUUGGAUCAGGAUCUCAGCCAGACGCGUUUUACUCUCCAGACUACACAGAAUAAAUUAAAGGAUACUGAGAACAGACUGAACAGGAAUAUGUUAGAUCUGUCUAAGGAAAAAACCCGCCUGCAACAAACCUCCAAGAACCUGCAAAAUAUUCAGAAAAAAGAAGAGACAACGAGGACCAACUUUAAUUCCCUCAACAAUAAGUGGAAGGAGGCUCAGACCUGUGUUACUUCUAACUGUGAAGCUGGUAAGGAUAGUGGCAGAGUGCAUAUUGACCCAUUCACUUUCUGUCCAAGUGGCUGGAGACAGAUUAACGAUAGGUGCUACUUCUUCUCCCAGGAGAGAAAAGCCAGAAUUAACAGUGGAGAGGACUGUGAAAGAAGAGCAGCCACUCUUGUCAAAAUUGAUGAGGAAGAUGAUCAGUUACAGGAAUGGAUUCGUCAGUCUAGACAGAGCUAUUGGAUUGGUUUGAGCAAAGAUGACAACAGUCUGUAUAGAUGGCCUGACAAUACAAUUCAACAAGUACACUUUAAAAAUAACUUUGCAUGUGUAAAAGCAAGUCCAGACCUGGAGGAAUCUUAUUGUGGUAUAGCUCUUCCGUGGAUCUGCGAGAAACCAAUUGGUCAGUGUUUUUCGAAGGAGAGCACCCUGCAGUGUCUUGGAGAGAAGUUGGAGGUCAUUGCAGAGAAGCCUUCUCCAUGAGUCCUACAAAAACAUGUUAGAUCCUUGUGACUAUCGAUAAGACAUUCUGUUCAAACUUUUUAAACGUUGAUGGAAGAUGUAUUGUGAUAAAGCAAACAUUUUGAGUUAAAAUGAGAACAUACAUGCAACACAGAAACAGUAUCUACACAUCUUCCCUAUUAAAGGGAAGCAAUACGAGCUGUGAUGGAAUGAAGCUUAACACAAACAUUCAGGGAUUCUGCUCAAAAUUCAUAUAAGUUAAUGGUGGGUUUGUGGUGCUUGGAUCUACUAAAAUCUUGAUUUUCCUAAAUAUUGUCUGAUUAAGAUUAACAGAUUUGCUGCGUAUCUGAUUCGUUCUUCAUACAAUAAAAAACA